AUGCAGCCAACCAACGCCACCGUGUCGAGUUCAGCCUCGAAUGGCGAUGGCGAUGAUGAUAACGACGAACCAGACGAAUGGGAUAAACGGAUUAUUAAAACGGGAUGUCAUGAAGAGAACCUCAAAUUGCAGUUAUGCCAUGCCGAUACUGGCGAUUGGAGAAAAUGCUUGAAGGAAAUGCAAGAGUUUAGACAAUGCUGGGAGAAGAACAAGAAUAAUGAACGAACUUCGACUGUUGAUAAUGAUGUGACGGACCAGUGA